CGAAGUUCCAUACGAUGUUAUGUCUAUUCUGUCCUUAUUCAAUGUUGUACAAUAUUUCUAGAUAGAGCGGCGAAUUUGUCAUUCUUUAAGUAUUUGAAAAGGAAUGUGCAAUGAACAAAUAGCACAAAUGUCUUCGUACGAUUAGUUAGAAAAGAAUGUUCCAUCCUUACGGAUCAUUUUCAGCACAAAGAAUGCAUCCGAGACGUAGACAUGGAGAUAGAGGUGAAAGUUCUCAAUCUGGAGAAUCACAUUUUGGUAACCAUGGCCGAGGCAGAGGCCAAGGAGGACAUCCUCCUUGGUUGAAAGGCAAACAAAUAGGACUUUAUUACAGAGAUAAAGCCAGAGAAAUGAAGCAAAAAUCAACUAAAAUUAUUAAGUUAUCUGAACAUGUUCAAGUACAAAUUGAACGUGUGUUGUAUAAUUCUAAAGGAUAUUAUGAAAAAUUAUUCAACAAUGCAUAUGCUGAAGAUACAUUGCAUGGCACGUUGGAAAAUAAAUAUAUGCAUAUUCAUGAUUCUCAGUUUAAAAGAAAGUUCAUGAACAUGGUAUCUGGUAACUUACAUGAAAAUCUUGAUAGAGCUUUGCUGGUCAAAUCGAAAUUGGAAAGGGAUAGUGAUUUAGAUAAAACAUUAUUUAAUGAAUUUAAAGUAAAGACAGCAAUGCAAGAUUAUCAAAGUAUGGAAAAAAUUAGAUUAAAAUUACCAGCACAUCAUAAAAAAGUAGAUAUAUUAAGAUCACUUAAGACAAAUCAAGUUAUUGUAAUAAGUGGAGAGACUGGUUGUGGAAAAACAACACAGGUUGCUCAGUUUAUAUUGGAUGAUGCAAUAGAACAUAGAGAUGGUAGUGUUACACGAAUUAUUUGCACUCAACCUAGGAGGAUAUCAGCUAUAUCUGUUGCUGAAAGAGUUGCAGCUGAGAGAGCAGAAAGACUGGGUAAAUCUGUUGGUUUUCACAUUCGGCUUGAAAAGGUAUUACCAAGAGAUAGAGGCAGUAUAUUGUUUUGUACUACAGGAAUGUUGUUAAAGUUUUUUCAACGUGAUCCAGCCUUGAAAGAAUUUUCUCAUAUUAUAUUGGAUGAAAUUCACGAAAGGAAUACCGAAAGUGAUUUUAUUCUUGCUUUAUUGAAACUAAUUAUUUCUAAAAGAUCUGACUUGAAAGUCCUUUUAAUGAGUGCAACAGUUAAUCCUGAAAGUUUCUCCGAAUAUUACAAUAACUGUCCAACGAUUCAUAUUCCAGGCUUUACUUAUCCAGUUGUAGAGUAUUAUUUAGAGGAUGUUCUGCAACUUACUCAAUUUAAAUUUCCACCGGUAACUGCAUUGCCCCAAGAUCAUAGAAAACAUAUCAAAAAAUAUAAACAGGAACAACAAAAAAGGGAUGAGUUUCAAGAUAUGAUAACUCAGUAUGUUAUUUACCCUCUUCAUUCUCGUAUGCCAACUAUUGAUCAAAAGCUCAUAUUUAAAGAACCAUCUGAAGGAGUUCGGAAAAUAAUAAUUGCAACUUCAAUAGCUGAAACUUCGAUAACUAUUGAAGAUGUAGUAUAUGUUAUUGAUUGUGGGAAAACGAAGUAUGGUAAAUUUGAUCUUCAAAAAAAUAUCCAAACUUUAGAACCUGAAUGGGUAUCAUUAGCUAAUGCUAGACAAAGAAAAGGCAGAGCAGGCAGAGUAAAACCUGGAGUCUGUUAUCAUUUGUAUUCAAGGGUUAGAGAAAAGACAUUUGAAUGUUUUCCAUUACCUGAAAUGUUAAGGACGCGUUUAGAAGAAGUUAUUUUACAAAUAAAAAUUCUACAAUUAGGAAAAGCUAAAACAUUCUUAGAAAGUGUUAUGUCUCCACCAAAUAUGAAAGCUAUAGAUUUGUCUUUGGAUUUACUUCGAACACUUAACGCAUUAGAUGACGAGGAACAUUUGACUCCUUUAGGGUAUCAUUUGGCGCAAUUACCACUAGAUCCACGAACAGGAAAGAUGAUUAUAUGGGCAGCAUUAUUUUCGUGUGUAGAACCAGUUUUUGCAAUUGCAGCGAGUCUUAAUUUUAAGGAUGCAUUUUACUGCCCUCUUGGAAAAGAGGAAGAAGCACGAAAAAAGAAACUCGAAUUAAAUAUGGAUCAAUUUAGCGAUCAUAUCGCGUUAUCUGAGGCAUUAACGAGAUUCGAGGUCGCGUACAAAAGAAGCUAUGCAAGUUCUUUUUGUAGGGAUUAUUUCCUUUCUUUUAAUACGCUCAAACUUCUUUCCGAAAUGAAAACUCAAUUUGCCCAACAUUUGUAUCAAAUGAAAUUUAUGAAUUCAGAAAAUCCCAGUGACGUUAAUGCUAAUAAGAACUCCAAAAACACAGUCUUAAUAAAAGCAAUAGUAUGUGCUGGAUUGAAAGUUACAAGAAAUGGAACAUUUGCAUGGACUCCAGAAGAUGGUUGCGUUGCUAUACAUCCGUCAAGUGUAAAUGAUAGAGUUAAGGAAUAUCCUAGUCCAUAUAUUACCUAUUUUACAAAACAAUUAUCAACAGCAAUAUAUUUACAUGAUACUACAUGCGUUACUGCGCCAAUUUUAUUAUUUGCUGCUCCGAAUAUGUCCAUAAGUAUGUACUUUCUAUUGUUUAUAUAAUUUACAUUAUAUUGUUUAUUAAUUCACGUAUAUUUGUCAAUACUUUCAAUUGUUCCAGGAAAAGAAAAAGGAAACUAUUUUAUCAGUUUACCAAGCAGUCAAAAUUUUUCUUGCGAUUGGCAAAGUGCACAGCUUAUUCAGGUACAGAAAUAGAUAUAUUUAUAAACUAAAGUUUGUACUUAAUGAAUUUGUCUAAUUAUCUAUAUUUUAAUUGUAGAAAUUACAAGAACAAUUUAAUAACUUGUUAGAGUAUAAAAUAACACAUCCAGGAACAGUAUGUUGGAAUGGUUUUGAAGGCGAUUUACUAAAGUAAGUUUUAUGUUUAAAUGUUUCGUUUAUUUUUUAUUUAUUUUUAAACAGCACUAAUGUUAUUUGUUAAUCAUAGUGCUAUCAUAAACCUGGUUUGUCAAAAAGAUGAAGAAAUGGGAUUUUCUGAGUCUGAUAUUCAAAAAUGUGAAGAUAAUAUGUGUGAUUAAAUCUGAUGAUUUAAUUUAAUGAACUAUGAUAAUCACAACUUUAAAACAUAACAAAAUAAUUAGAACUUGGAUUUUUAAUACUCUUUUCAAUUGUCUGAAUUUCGUAAGAUAAUUCAUAAAUAAUUCAUUAUUUGUAGUUUUAGAUAUUUAA